GAAAAAAAAGGUGGGAGUCGUAUUGGGGUGGUGGGCAGACGUUGAAAAGCUUUUCCGAUGAAAACUAUGAAAACUGAGAAAAAAAUGGGGAAUUUAGCGAUUAAUCUCAACAACUUUGUAACGUUGACAGGUAGACGCAAACAGCAAGGCGAUUUAUAAAACCCAACUCCUCCUCUCUCACUCUUUGUGCUCUCCGCCUCUUCUUUCCUCGACUCUAUCGAAACCGCUUCCAAUGGCUUCUUUUACUGUAUUCACCUCCACUCCUCUUUCAACUUCUUUCAAGAACGCCCAGGUACCACUUCGUGGGAUCUCUAAUGUCAAGUCUGUUAGCUUCCCAUCACCUAUGAUGCGCGGCCGAUCAUCGCGAUUCUGCAUUUCCUGUGCGGCCAAACCGGAGACGGUGGACAAAGUUUGUGAAAUAGUGAGGAAGCAACUGGCACUUUCUGAUGAUUCUUCCGUCACAGGAGACUCGAAGUUCUCGGCACUCGGAGCUGAUUCUCUGGACACGGUCGAGAUAGUGAUGGGACUGGAGGAGGAGUUUGGUAUCAGCGUGGAAGAAGAAAGCGCUCAAAAUAUCAGCACGGUUCAGGACGCCGCCGAUCUUAUCGAGAAGCUCAAGGAGAAGGAAGCUGCUGCUUAGAAUGUUGCAAUAUUGUUAAAGUUUAUUUUGUGGUUAUAAUGGGAGAAGAAUUAAAACUUGAGAAAUCUAAUAUCAUGUGAUGAAAAUCCUUGUCUUAUUAA